AUGGCCUUCUCUACAACCAUCUCUAUCUAUGACAAUUCACUUCUUCUAAAAAAAUCCAUCAAUGGUCGAAACAUCCAGCCUAGAAUCCCACUAGGCCACAUCAAAUUUUUGCCCAUGAAAAUUCAAGCCACCUAUGUUGCAAACCCAUCUUUAAAACAAUCAUUUCAAUCCCAAGAAGUGACCGAUAAGUCACAAAAGGCCCCCUUUCCAGCAUUCGAAUUUAACGAGUACAUGAUCGAGAAGGCAAAUCAAGUGAACAAAGCCCUAGACAAGGCAGUACCUUUGCAACAUCCUCACAAAAUCCAUGAAGCCAUGAGAUAUUCUCUCCUUGCUGGUGGAAAGCGUGUGCGUCCAGUUUUAUGCAUUGCCUCAUGUGAAUUAGUGGGAGGAGAUGAAGAACUAGCAAUGCCAGCGGCUUGUGCAGUAGAGAUGAUUCACACCAUGUCAUUAAUCCAUGAUGAUCUUCCUUGUAUGGACAAUGAUGAUCUCCGACGAGGUAAGCCCACGAGUCAUAAAAUUUUUGGUGAAGAUACUGCAGUUCUUGCUGGUGAUGCACUCCUAUCCCUUGCCUUUGAGCACGUAGCUAGGAACACCAGGAAUGUUUCGCCGGAUCGCGUGGUCCAAGCCAUAUCUGAGCUCGGUUCAACUGUUGGAGCCAAAGGUCUUGUGGCAGGUCAGAUCGUGGACAUCGAAAGCGAAGGCAGAGAAGUGAGUUUGAGCAAAUUGCAGUAUAUUCAUGUCCAUAAAACCGCAAAGCUUUUAGAGGCAGCAGUUGUUUGUGGGGCAAUAAUGGGAGGGGCUGAUGAUACAAGCGUUGAAAGACUUAGAACAUAUGCUAGGUCUAUUGGGUUGUUGUUUCAGGUGGUGGAUGAUAUAUUGGAUGUGACCAAGUCAUCGGAGGAGCUAGGAAAGACGGCCGGAAAGGAUUUGGCCAGUGACAAGGCUACCUACCCCAAGUUGAUGGGCAUAGAUGAGGCCAAGAAAUUUGCUGCCCGAUUGGUUGAUCAAGCCAAUCAAGAAAUUGCGUUCUUCGAUCGUGUUAAAGCUGCCCCAUUGUAUCAUUUGACUCAUUAUAUUGCUAAUCGACAAAAUUAA